UCUAGGUUAACAUAUCUGAGGUUGUUUUGAAUAAAGCUUUGGAUUUGAAAGAAGCGUGGGUGUUUGUUAUUAGUUCGUCGUUUGUUGUUGUUGUCAAAGCAAGCGUAGGAAAGAAGUAGCCUUACGUCGCCAGAUAUCGUUUUGAUACCCAGGCAUUUAACGUUAGCUUUAUUUUUGUAUAAUUAUUGUCGUUACGGCUAUCGAAUAAUUCCUGGAAACAAUGGCAGAAAGCGACUGGGACACCGUGACGGUUUUGAGGAAGAAGGGUCCGACUGCUGCGCAGGCCAAAUCUAAGCAGGCUAUCACAGCUGCACAGAGACGUGGAGAAGACCUCGAGACUACUAAGAAAUGGUCUGCAGGGCAGAACAAGCAGCACCUGAUGACCAAGAACACGGCCAAGCUGGACCGUGAGACGGAGGAGCUGCAGCACCAGCGGGUCUCCCUGGAGGUGGGAAAGGUCAUCCAGCAGGGACGCCAGAACAAGGGCCUCACCCAGAAAGACCUAGCCACUAAAAUCAAUGAGAAGCCUCAGGUCAUUGCUGACUAUGAGUGUGGGAAAGCAAUUCCCAACAAUCAGGUCAUGGGAAAGAUUGAGAGAGCAAUCGGUUUGAAACUGCGCGGGAAAGAUAUUGGACUGCCCCUGGAGGCAAAACCCAAGAAGAAAUGAGGACAAAGCCUCGAAAUCAGCCCCCCCUUUCCCCAUGUACCCCACUUUCAUCCCCAAGUCCCCUUCCAUUAUCCCCACCUCCCUACUCCGCUAUGACCCUGCCCCCCCCCCCCCCCCCCCCCCCCCACCCACCCACCUGGGCUGAGCUCCACCUGUCCUGCUACAGGACCUGGUGAUCCACCAUGUUACAAGCUGCAUAUACUGACAAGUCAUCACAAAAUACUUCUUAUAAACAAUGAUUGAAUGCAUUGCAAAACUUGCAAACCAAAAGUGCUGUGAAAUGUAAUUUUUAUUUAGUUCGCUACUGCUUUGGCAUUAACUUAUUUUGGGAUGUUUGAAACAGACUAGGUGAAUUUUACCAUGGCCAUGUGCAUCGAUUUUACUUUUUCUCGGAGCAUGUUCUUUAUCCAUUUCGGAAGUGCUUGUUUGUGGCCUUUUCAGACCCAUUGUAUAUUAGGUCAUUACAAUAUGAACAUGUCCUCCUGCUGUAGCUUGGUUUUGAAUUUAAAAUAAAGUUUGGCAGUCUACUUGUCA